AUGAUUUUAUAUUCGAAUUGUAUCAGUUAUAAAGAUUUAUACUUGAAUGUCACUAUCAGAAGUAGCGCACUGGAAUUCUAUUUUCAAAUAUGUUUCGAAAUAUAUACGAUGGAUGGACGUGUACCGAAACUUUUAUCUUGUGGUCACACUUUUUGCCAUCAAUGUAUUAUGUCGCUCAAUAAUGAUCAUAUACGAGCACGGAAGUGUCCAACAUGCCGAAUACCAUUCUUUUUCCUCAGUGAAUCAAAUUUUGCAACAAAUUACUCAUUACUUGGUUAG